CAGAACCCUGGAACCAGCCAAGUCGCUAAUUUAAAUUGAUUUGCUGAACAGUUUAUGCUCUGCUGCUACUUACAGCUUUUUUUCUGUAGACCGGCUGAUCUUACUGCCGGGACCUCGGAGAGCCAGCGCCGGGCCCCUGUCUUGCGCCAUGAGUCCCUCCUGGCGGGGCAUCCCCGAAGUGCUGGGUCGCCUCUUUGGGCCGAUUCCGCUGCUGCUGCUGCCGCCGUCGCUGCUGCUGCUGCUGCUGCUGUGUCCCCACGCAUCUCGGGGUGACUGCAAGCUUCCCCCACAAUUACCUAAUUCUCAGGCAGAUUUGAAAGGUCUUACAAGUUUUCGUAAAGGAGACAUGGUAACAUACAUAUGCGAUAAGGGGUUUUUUAAAAUUCCUGGCAAGACAGACACAGUGUUCUGUCUCGAGAACAAUGAAUGGUCACAAAUCACAGCAUUUUGUAAUCGUAGCUGUAAUGUUCCAACCAGGCUGUCUUUUGCAUCUCUCAAAACCCCUUAUAAGACAAUAAAUUACUUCCCACUGGGUAUUGUUGUGGAAUAUGAAUGUCGCAAGGGCUUCAUAAGAAACCAUUCCCUCUCAGGAAAUAUAACUUGCCUUCAGAAUUAUACAUGGUCCGAAGCAGAUGAAUUUUGUAAAAAAAAAUCAUGUCCUAAUCCUGGAGAAAUAAUAAAUGGUCAUAUCACUAUAAAAACUAGCAUAUUAUUUGGUGGACUCAUCACCUUCUCAUGUAAUACAGGGUAUGAAUUAGUUGGUGUAACUUUUACUUACUGUCUUCUUAAGGGAGACGAUGUUGACUGGGGUGAUCCAUUUCCAGAGUGCAAAGAAAGUCCUCAGAUUUCUAAGGUCACACCAGCUCCCCAGAUGCCCACCACAACGGAUGUUCCAGGUACAAAAGCUCCAUCAACUGCUCAGAGACACACCACAGUAAUCGUUCCAGCUACAGAAGUCACAUCAACUCCUCAGGAACUCAUCACAGUAAACUUUUCAGCUACAGAAGCCCCACUGACUCCUCAGAAAUCCACCACAUUAAAUAUUCCAGCUAUAGAAUUCCCCUCAUCUCUUCAGAAACCCGUCACUGCAAAUGUUCCAGCUGCAGAAGCCACAUCAACUCCUCAGAAACCCACUAAAAUAAAUUCUUCAGCUACAAAGACCCUACUAACUGCUCAGAAAUCCACCUUACAUGUUCCAACUAAUCCUCAGAAACCCACCUCAAAUAUUUCAGUUAUGGAAACCCCAUCAACUCCUCAGAAACCCACUAAAAUAAAUUCUUCAGCUACAAAGACCCUACUAACUGCUCAGAAAUCCACCUUACAUGUUCCAACUAAUCCUCAGAAACCCACCUCAAGUAUUUCAGUUAUGGAAACCCCAUCAACUCCUCAGAAGCCCACUAAAAUAAAUUCUUCAGCUACAAAGACCCUACUAAUUGCUCAGAAAUCCACCUUACAUGUUCCAACUAAUCCUCAGAAACCCACCUCAAAUAUUUCAGUUAUGGAAACCCCAUCAACUCCUCAGAAACCCAUCACAGCAAAUGAUUCCUUCACGAUAGCCAAAAUAACCCCUGUAUCAAAUGCUCUGUCUACAGAGACCCCUUCGGCAGCCCAGACUCCCAUCAUGGCAAAUUCUUCUGUUACACAAACUAUACCAAAAACCCAAAGACUCACAACAGCAAAAGCUUCAUUUACACAGAGCCUUCCAGGAACACAAAAGUUCACUGCUAUACAUGCUCCAGUGACUAAGAGUCUCCACACAACACAAAGACGGCCCUCUGCUCCUAUUUCAGCAACACGGAGUAAAGCUGUUCCCAGGACAUCCACACCUAUUCAUGCAAGAAGCACACCUAUUCAUGCAACCACACCUAUUCAUGCAAGAAGGACACCUACAGGAAAAGGAACCCCUUCUGCAGGGGUUAGCAACAUUAUAUUGGGUAAGUGUAACUAUUGGCCAGUUAAAAGAAAUUACUAUCGCUAUUGUAUGUACAAUCUGUGUUCCUGGAGGAGAAUAUUGUCUUUUAACUGUCUUAGGAAUGCUAUUAAAAUGCAGUAUUUAAGUUUGCCAAAAAGAAGACAGGUAAAUAUAUUUUAUCGUUGUGUUUUGUGGAUACCAUUAGGUUCUAGGUAUGUUCCUAGGUAUUACCGAUGAUUAUCUUUUUUUAAAAUCAUUUUUUGUUGUUGUUCUAUUACAUUUGUCCCAAUUUUUCCCCUUUGCCUUCUUUUGCCCAUCCCACCUGCUGUUCCCACAUUCAAUUCCCACACUGUUGUCCAUUCAUACAUGUUCUCUGUCUAUCAGGUGUCCAACCUAUGGUCUGCAGGCCACAUGCAGCCCAGCAUGGCUAUGAAUGUGGCCCAACAUAAAUUGUAAAUUUACUUAAAACAUUAUGAGUUUUUCUGUGAUUAUGUGUGUCAAUGUAUUUAAUGUGUGCCCCAAUACAACUCUUCUUCCAGUGUGGUGACUAAAUGCCAGAAGUUUGGACACCCCUGGGUCCUUUCCCCUUCUUUACACCAUUAUCCCCCUCCCCACUCCCCACAUCCCUAGUGACUUUCAGUGUGUUCCAUGCCUGUGGUUCUAUUUUGUUUGUCAGUUUAUUUUGUUUAUUAGAUUUCUCUUAUAGGUAAGAUCAUAUGGUAUUUAUUUGUCUUUUACCUACUGGCCUAUUUCAUUGAGUAUAAUAUUCUCCAGAUCCACCCAUGCUGUUGCAAAAGAUAGGAGUUCCUUCUUUCUUUCUGCUGCGUAGUAUUCCGCUGUGUAUAUGUACCACAUUUUUUGAUCCACUCAUUUACAGAUGGUCACUUAGGUUUUUUCAAGCACUUGACUAUUAAAAAUAGCACCACUGUAAACAUAGGGGUGCCUAAGUUCUUUUUGGUUAGUGAUUCAGACUUCUUAGGGUAUAUUCCCAGCAGUGGAAUCAUUUGGUCAAAAGGCAGUUCCAUUUUUAGUUUUUUAAGAAAUAUUCUAUACUGUUUUCCACAAUACCUGUACCAGUCCUAAUUUCCACCAACAGUGCACUAGGGUUCCCUUUUCUCUGAUCUUCACCAGAACUUAUUGUUUAUUAGUUUAUUAAUGAUGGCCUUACACCAGAAUGAACUCAAAGUGGUUAAAAGAUUUAAAUAUAAGUCUUGACAUCAUAAAAGUCCUAAAGGAACACAUAAGCAGUAAAAUUUUGGAUAACCCACAUAGCAAUAUUUUUGCUGAUAUAUCUUCUAGGGCAAAGAGAAUAAAGGAAAAAAAUAAACAAAUGAGACUACAUCAAACUAAAGAGCUUCUGCAUGACUAAAGAAAUCACCAUCGAAAUAAAAAAAGAACUGAUUAUAUGAGAGAAUAUAUUUGCCAAUGAUACAUCAGACAAGGGUUUAAUCUCCAAAAUACAGAAAGAACUCAUACUACUCAACACCAGGAAUACAAACAACCCAAUGAAAAAAUGGGCAAAGGAUCUGAAUAGACAGUUCUCCAAGGAGGACAUACAGAUGGCCCAUAGACAUAUGAAAAGAUGUUCAUCACUAACUGUCAGAGAGAUGUAAAUUAAAACCACAAUGAGAUAUCACUUCACACCUGUCAGAAUAGUCCAACCAUGUUCUUGAUCCAAGGCAGUUUUAGGACAAUUUCAAAUCAUUGGGCCAAUCAAUCAAGUACUAUUGCAUGCCUAUUAUGUCAAUUAAUCACUCUAGGGACUGAAGAAACACAAGAAAGAGACCAUUACUAAUACAGUUUCUGUCCUCAAAUAUUUUAUAAUUAAACAGAAACUGCUUCUUGACCAUCUCUAGACUUCCGUCUUAUGCCCAAAUGAAAUAAAGAGUGCUACCUUUAAUUCAUUUUCUUUCUUUUCCUUUCCUUGUCAAUGAUCGAAAGCAAAGUUAUUUUUUUAAAAAAUAACAUCUACACAAUGGAAUACUAUGCAGCAGAAAGAGAAAAGGAACUCAUACCUUUUGUGACAGCAUGGAUGGACCUACAGAGCAUUAUACUAAGUGAAAUAAGGCAGGUGGUGAAAGACAUACCAUAUGAUCUCACGUGUAAAUGGAACAUAAUCAACCAAACAAACAAAUGAGCAAAAUAGAACCAGAGACUUGGAAAUAAAGAACAAACUAACAGUAACCACAGGGGAAGAGGAAGGGAGUAAUGGGGAAAGAAGGGGAAGGAGCAAGAAAAAGAACAUGAAUAGAGGAUUCAUGGGCACAAACAAUAGAGGGGGAUUGACCCUGGGAGUAGUGGUGAACAGGAUAGGGGUGAGCAAUGGGGAAAAGAAGGGACAACUGUAACUGAACAACAAUAAAAAAAGAAUAUUAGAUAAAGAUUUGUUAUUAAAAAUUUUAAAGAUGAUUAAAAUGUAAAAAGAAAUAUUCUGUUGAUUUAGGCAUGAGACUAAAACCAUAUAUCUGUGUGGCAAUUUCUUCUCGCAUUUGUUCCAGUUCAUUUUUUGUCUAUAAAUAUAUUAUUUGAUGUUAUACAUUAACUUCUAUAAAAAAUGGUAAGAGAAAUGUUUAAUAAGAAGCAAUACAGUUAAAUUUGCAUAUUGGUAAGUAGCAUCCAAUUGAACAUACACAUAAAAAAGUGUAUAUUUUAAAUUUAUGUUCUUAUAAUCUAGAGUCUCCUGUGUUUUACAUGUAUAAAUUAGCCAGAGGACUAUAAAGCUGAAAACAGGUAUUUUUUUAUUAUUUAAACAAAUACCAUACGAUCUCACCUUUAACAGGAACCUAAACAACAAAACAAAUAAGCAAGCAAAAUAUAACCAAAGACACUGAAGUAGAGAACAGGCUGACAGUGACCAGAGGGGAGAGGGGAGGGAAUUUCAGGGGAAAAGGGGAAUGGUUUAUAGGAACAAGUAUAAAGGUCACAUGGACAAAAACUAAGGAGGGUGGAAAUAGGAAGGAGGUGGGGAGCACUGAAAGGGUGGGCUGGGAUGGGAGUAAAAGACAGAAAACUGUACUUGAAUAACAAUGAAAAUAAAUUUAAAAAAUUUUAUAAUUUUUUUAUAUUUUGAAUAAACCUUCCCUAAGCUAAAAGAUUUGUUUUGAAAGAUUCAGAGUUGGAAUUCAAUUUUAUUCUAUAUUUUAAAUAGAAAUAAAUGUAUUAUAGAUGAAAAUCUCAUGAUUUAAUGUUGAAAACAGCUAUAAGUUUGUAGAUGAACUUUUUCUUAUAUGCUCAGUGGUGAUCAAUAAAGAUUUGAAGUGCUUAUUACUUUCUCUGAAAUUCUUUUUUAAUGUAUAUUUUAUUGAUUAUGCUAUUACAGUUUUCCCAAUUUCUGUCUACCCUUUAUCAUCCCUCUGCUCUGCAUCCCCAACCUUCCAACAUUCCCCCUUCUUAGUUUAUGUCCAUGGGUUGUACAUAUAAGUUCUUUGACUUCUCUAUUUCCUACACUAUUCUUAACCCCUCCCUUUGUUAUGCCUACCAUUUCUGUUUCUUAUUCCCUGUACCUUUCAUCCCUAUUCUUCCCCUCCACCUCCCCACUGAAAAUGUUCCAUGUGAUCGUCACUUCUCUGGUUCUGUUUCUGUUCUAGUUGUUUCUUAGUUUUUGUUUUU